UUUAUUGGAGGUAUUCAUUAUGCUAUAGCUUCUGUAUAACAUUUUCUUUAACCGUUACAGGGAAAAUACAGUCUGUUUUUAUUUUCAAAUGCAAUCAAUUAGUGUGUUUGCUGUGAUUAACAUAUCAUAGCUGGAAUUUAUUUUCGAAGAUUAUGGGAAAGUGCGGUAACAAUUCCUUGUUACUAUACAACAGUACCGGUGACGAUCUGUGUAAAAGCGAUUAUUCUAAAGUAACAAAAUGGAUUUCAUUAUUGGAGAUGAUUGGUAUUAUAUCGUUGAAUCUUGCAGUCAUCAUUCUUCUAGCAAGGCGUGACAAACAAUCAAGAAUGACUUUCUUUGUUCAACACUUAGCAGUAGCAGAUCUUUGUGUUGGUCUUCUAUAUGUAAUGCCAGAAUGUAUUUUUGAUCGAUUCUUAGAACACUGGGAGAAACAUUCGUGUUUUAUAUUUUAUGGAUAUUUCACAAAUUUAGUCAUCAAUGCAUCAACUUUUCUUAUAUUAGUAUUAACCGUAGAUAGACUGUUUGUGAUUGUCCGUCCGGUAUCUUCAUAUACGACAGGGAAAACCUAUAGAUAUGGACUUAUAAUUAGUGCCUGGAGUGUCGCUGUACUAAUAGCCAUACCUUACGCGAUGCAUAUAACCUACUACUAUAGUUCUAAAGACGGAAUAGAUGGAUACAUAUGUCGACAUAAUUUUGGAAAUGGUAUUUAUGCUGUAGUUGUUGGUGAGGUGUUUAUUAGUAUUGUAAUACCCGUAUGUGUAAUUACUGUGUCUUAUGUCUGGAUGAUACGUAUCAUAUGGCGAAGAGAAAAAGCAACAAAUUUCAUGACAUUGAAACAGCCUCGGCUGUCAAAAGGUUCAGCAAACAUUAACCCGCAGACCAUAAGAGUAAACCAAACAACGGUUAUUUCAAGGGCCAAAAAGAAGACAAUAAAACUGCUAUUAGUAGUAAUUAUAGUUUACAUAUCCAGUACAGCACCACUAAAUAUUGCACAGAUAAUGAGUGUGUAUGAUCUUAUAAAACCAGGAAGUACAAUAUACAAAUUCCUCCAUGUUCUGGCUCCCGUCAACAGUCUGAUGAAUCCUCUGGUUUUCUUAGUGUUUAACAAACAAAUGUUUAGUCAAAAACGUGGACUUGGCAAUCAUACAUGUACUUAGUUAUUGAAAAACAGCAGGCGACUUUCGAAAACGUGCGCUUUCCCGGUAAAUGCUAUGUCACAAUGAGUAGAUAUUACGUACAAUGAAACCCCCCUUUUUUCAAACGGUGUGACUCAUCUAUAGAAAAAAAACUUUGAGAUACAGUGGUAUAUAUCAAUAACAUGAUGUUGAGAUCAAUAUGGUAGAUUGAGGAAAGAUCACAUAAACAGAUGAAAAUCAAAAUCAAAUCUGAAUUGUGAAAUGAGGAUGCAAUUGACACUACAAAAGUUUUAUUAUCAUUUUUAAUAAUGUAUGAACCGAUAAACCGAUGAAGCAUGUCUAUGUGUCAAUCAACUAGAAACAUGUUUUCUUGUUUAUAGAUAUGUUUUAUAGAUGUAUCGAACGUGUCCUUUAUCUUUGACUUUCCAUUACCAAAGACUAUAUAAUUUAUGUAGUGAGUGGUGGAAGCACAGAAAAUACGCCUAAACUAUCAACUCAUAUCGCGUUUUGUUCAUAUUUUCUCGCUUAGAUCCAAGGGUAAUAACCAGUUUAGAACAAAGGAAAACUGCUGAACAUCUUUAUUUUUGAAGCAAUUUCAUAUAAUGCAUGUCAAUAAUAAAUCAUGAACGUUGACUUUCAAGUAAAGGUUAAUACUGUUUUAUAGGAUUGAUAUGUAUAGCAGAAAA